AUUAUCUUGUCUUUAUCAAUACCCAGACAAUGUUUAUGGGACAAAACGCAGUUGAAUGUUUGCAAAUGCUGGAAGAUGAACAGUAGCACUGCUCAACGUUGGACACAACCUUUUCGCCAGCGCCAAAAAAUUAGACCAAUACGUGAGUGCGGGUGGCCCAGUCGUCUAGAGCGCCACAUUUCACUGUGCAGUUUUCCGUGCCUUAGACGUGCCAGCUAUGAUCGUGUGUUCGAAUCCCAGAUUUAACUUGGUGAUAUUUCUAGGUUUGAUAGCACGGCACCCGAGAUCGUCAGUUUCGCCAAAGUGGUAAACGUCUUAGACCCGUAUAAUUUCGGACUUUCCUUCACACUAUGCUGAGAGGCUGUGGUAUAUGAUACUGUUCAAAGCGGUGUUAAUCCAUACUCUCUCACUCACCCACUCAGUAAGUCAGGUCUCGUGGUAUAUGAUACUGUUCAAAGCGGUGUUAAUCCAUACUCUCUCACUCACCCACUCAGUAAGUCAGGUCUCGUGGUAUAUGAUACUGUUCAAAGCGGUGUUAAUCCAUACUCUCUCACUCACCCACUCAGUAAGUCAGGUCUCGUGGUAUAUGAUACUGUUCAAAGCGGUGUUAAUCCAUACUCUCUCACUCACCCAUUCAGUAAGUCAGGUCUCGUGGUAUAUCAUACUGUUCAAAGCGGUGUUAAUCUAUACUCUCUCACUCACCCACUCAGUAAGUCAGGUCUCGUGGUAUAUGAUACUGUUCAAAGCGGUGUUAAUCCAUACUUUCUCACUCACCCACUCAGUAAGUCAGGUCUCGUGGUAUAUGAUACUGUUCAAAGCGGUGUUAAUCCAUACUCUCUCACUCUCCCACUCAGUAAGUCAGGUCUCGUGGUAUAUGAUACUGUUCAAAGCGGUGUUAAUCCAUACUCUCUCACUCACCCACUCAGUAAGUCAGGUCUCGUGGUAUAUGAUACUGUUCAAAGCAGUGUUAAUCCAUACUCUCUCACCCACCCACUCAGUAAGUCAGGUCUCGUGGUAUAUGAUACUGUUCAAAGCCAUGUUAAUCCAUACUCUCUCACUCACCCACUCAGUAAGUCAGGUCUCGUGGUAUAUGAUACUGUUCAAAGCAGUGUUAAUCCAUACUCUCUCACCCACCCACUCAGUAAGUCAGGUCUCGUGGUAUAUGAUACUGUUCAAAGCGGCGUUAAUCCAUACUCUCUCACUCACCCUCUCAGUAAGUCAGGUCUCGUGGUAUAUGAUACUGUUCAAAGCGGUGUUAAUCCAUACUCUCUCACCCACCCACUCAGUAAGUCAGGUCUCGUGGUAUAUGAUACUGUUCAAAGCGGUGUUAAUCCAUACUCUCUCACUCACCCACUCAGUAAGUCAGGUCUCAUAAAUGUUUCUAAACCUGACUAGUUUGCUGUGAAGUAUCAAAGUCGUAUGAAAAAUGUUGUAGUGCGUCAUUUGUGAAAAUGAAAUCAAUGACAUAUGUAGAUAUGUCCAAUUAGAUAUUUACAAAUUGAAAUGCGAGAUAUGUGAAAAUGAAGAAGAGGUGAUGCUUAGCUUUCAUCCUUCAUCCUAUAGGUGUGUAUAAUUCUAUGUGUUGUGUUGCAGAUCUCACACACGGGACACAACGGUUCAAACUGACCGGUA